AUGUUCUUCAAAUUGAUUAUAGGAAUAACAAUAGUAUCUUCUAUAGCAACUUUUUUACUACUAUUUGGUGACUCCCCAAGCUUCAGAAAUACACCUAUUCAGAAAUUACGAAAUGGACUAGUCUCGGUUUCAAAAGAUCUAUUUCAGUUUUAUACUUGGCUAGAUGAUAAGGCAAAUGGCCAAUUGUUAAAAAUUCUCAACUGGAUAGUUCCAGUUGGUUAUAUGUUUGUUGUCACAUUUUGUUUUCACUUAUUUUUCAAACAUACAGUGCCAAUGAUGCAGCCUGUUGGUUUGUUCAAAUUGUUUACUAUUUAUCUUUCCAUUGGCUUGAUCUAUGUUGCAACAAUAUUGGGUACAUGUAGUGAUCCAGGAAGUAUUAAUAACGCAAACAUGAAAAAUUAUCAAUAUACCCCUAACCAAUUGAUAUUCUUUGACAACAAGACGUGUUCAACAUGCAAGAUCAUUAAACCAGCUCGUUCAAAACAUUGUUCUGUUUGUAAUAAUUGUUACUUAUUAUAUGAUCAUCAUUGUGUUUGGUUAAACAAUUGUAUUGGAUACAAAAACUAUCGCUGGUUUAUGUUGUUUUUAAUUUCAAAUAUCAAUAUGUUGGGAUAUGGUGGUUGGUUAUGUUAUACAGCGUUGACUCCAGUAUCUUGGUCCAAGAUCACAUCAACAAAUGAAGCAAACAAAAUAACCGGUAUUUUCUUGAUCUUAUGUUCUAUUUUCAUAAUCAUAACAGCAUUAUUUACUGCAUUACAUUUGAGAUACGUUUACCUUGGAGUAACUACAAAUGAGUUAGAUAAAUGGGAAGAAAUAGAACAUCUUGUCAAUUUGGAGUUAUUGUACAAAAUUAACCCACCUAUCAAUGGUGAGAGCUUUGUUGAGAGAGCAUCUUUUGAUGGUAAACCUGUCUACAUUAGUCUUAAUGACGAACGUAUUUUGAUUGACGAAACUAGCAUUGAUAAUUAUAAUUUAGAACCGAUACGCUCAGUAGAAACAGACAUUAUUAAUAUUUAUGACAAAGGAUUCUGGCAAAAUUUUAUAGACAGAAUAUUUGUAUAG